CUUUAAUUAUUAUUAAUUAUUAUUAUUAUUAAUGGGCGGCACGGUGGAUGAGUCGUUAGCACAUCCGCCUCACAGUUCUGUGGUCCUGGGUACAAAUCGGGCCUUCCUGUAUGGAGCUUGCAUGUUGUGCCCGCGCCUGUGUGGGUUUUCUCUGGGUACUUUUGUUUCAUCCCACAUUUCAAAAACAUUUAUGGUUAAUUGACGACUCUAAAUUGUCCGUAGGUAUGAAUGGUUGUUUGUUUAUAUGGGCCCUGCAAUUGGCUGGCGAACAGUUCAGGGUGUACCCAAAGUCAGCUGGGAUAGGCGCCAGCGCACCUGCAACACGAAUGAGGACAAGUGGUUCGGCUAAUGGAUGGAUUAUUAUUCAUAUUAUUGUUGUUUUUUUCAUGGCAGCACAGUAAAGUCUUGGUUAGCACAGCCGCCUCACAGUUCUGAAGUUGGGGCUCUGACUUUUCUGUGUGGAAAUUUUAUGUUCACCUCUUACUUACAUUGGUUUUCUCCAGGUAAUCUAGCUUCCUCCCACAUCCCCAAAAUAAUACAUGUUACAUCUAAAUUGUCCAUAGCUGUGAAUGUGAGUGGGAAUUUUUGUUUGUCUAUAUUUACCUGUUUGGGGCCAGGGACCACUCCAGGGUGUAUCCUUCCUCUCACCCAAAUUCAGCAGGGCUAGGUUCCAGCACACCUGCGACCCUAGUGAAGAUUAAGUUUAUAAAGAGGAUGGAUAUUUUAUUACAACUUGAUAAGCAUGUAGUCAUUAUUCAUUAAUAUGCCCAGGUUAAAUAGUUAAGAAAUUGUAGUAUGAUAUUAUGAGAGAUAAUGUAUUAUUUUUAAUUUAUAAUCAUUUUAACCUAGUUUAACUUAAUGUUAUCGGUAAUUUUGGAAAUUGUGAUCCCCCCCCCCCAAUAAACGGUGGGGGGAAAAGAAAAGAAACUUGUAGGAAAACAAAAGCAUACAAGCCGAUCGAUGCAACAUAACAAUAGCAAUUAAGAAAAAAAACGGAUGAGAAAUAGUUUUAGAAAUCAGAGGAACAUUUACAAAAAAAAAAAAUUGCCAUUCAGACCACGUGGCUAUUUCUGUGACAGGAAACUGCUGAGAACCUCUGUGCCAAACAGGGAAACCGCAGCAGUCGGUUGCUUCUCUUUUUCUGUAAGAUCAGCUACAAUUAGUUGAUUUCUGCAUGUGAGUGAAUUUACUUUAACUAAUACAUGAAUAUAAUACGAAUCACAGAUGAUUACACUAUCUAUUUAAGAUGAUGAUAAAAUUAGCACAUAAGGUAAGCAAUACUUUUUGUAACUACUGAUCGGGUCACAUCUGCUCUUCUAAAACCGGAAAACCUGUCAAAGACUUCCUGUUCACACACAUACAAGAGAAGAAAUCCUUGAACAAAUUAUCAACCUGAGGACUCCUGCCAUACAAACUUAAAGGUCCCCCUACCUGUAGAUCUUCAGUGAGCUGAUAUCAUCCUCAAAGCAUCCAUGGAUCUCAGCGAGGAGGAGUUUACUCCUCUCAUGAUCAGAGACCGUGGAGGCAGCCAGAAGUCCAGUUCGAGCACUGCUUCCAGUCUGCAAGUACACCUGUACUUCUUCCCUCCCACAAAAGAUGCAACGACAAUACACAUAUCAUCUGGCCAAAUGUCUGCUGAAAAUGUUUGCAUCCAAGCAGCCAAAAGAUGCGGAAUUUUACCAGUUUACCAAAGUCUUUUUGGUCUGGCAUCUGGUGAUCUCUCAUUCUGGUAUCCUCCAUCACACAUGUUCAACACAGAAGAAAACCUACAGGUCCACUUCAGAGUCAGGUUUUUCUUUGGAAACUGGUAUGGACAGGGAUCAAGAAUGUCAUACCGCUACAAUCUGACCAGAGACAGAAUUAGUCCUGUGCUUGACUACUCUGUCAUUGACUAUCUCUUUGCCCAGGUACGAAGUGACUUUGUCACAGGUGAAGCUGGAGUGGCUCCACCAUUGAGCGUUCAAGAAGAAUGCCUCGGCCUGGCAGUGCUGGACAUGUGGAGGAUGGCAAAGGAGCAGCAUCGGAGUGUAAGGGAGCUCUGCAAGAUUGUCAGCUACAAAUCUUGCCUUCCAAAGCCACACCGCCACGACAUCCAGAAGCGCAAUCGCCUGGAUCGCUAUCGAAUCAGACAUACUCUCAAGCGUUUCCUAAAGAAGCUUGGGAACUGUUCUGUGGAUGAGUGCUGCCUGAAACUGAAGUACUUGGUCGAAAUGGCUGGCAUUGUUCCCACCUUAGGAAGUGAAGUCUACCACAUGAGCGCUGGUUCUUCCCAUUCCAGUGGAACGUUCACUCAUGUGAAGGUCACUGGGGAAACUGGAAUUCAAACCAGCGGAAGUUGUAAUCCUGAUGGUUCCUUGGAGUGGCAGACUUUCUGUGAUUUCCAGGAGAUAAUUGCCAUCAGUAUGAAGAGGGUAUUUCAUGAGCAGGAAGACAGCAGGAUGGUGACUGUGUUUCGUCAUGACGACAGAUACAUGGAAGCCAAUUUCAAGAGUCUCAAAGAAGCACUGUCAUUUGUGUCACUUGUUGACGGCUACUUCAGACUGACCACCGACUCCAGCCACUACUUCUGUCAGGACACUGUGCCUGAAAGUAUUCUGGAGGGUAUCAGAAACCAUUUUCAUGGGCCAAUUACGUCGGAGUUUGCUGUCGACAAGUUGAAAAAAUCUGGAGUUAAAGGUGGAACAUUCCUACUCCGGCAGAGUCCCAAAGAUUUUGAUAACUUCUUCCUCACUGUUUGUAUUCAGACUCCUCUUGGACUUGAUUAUAAAGACUGUCUCAUCGUUAAGAAUGAGCACUACCGUCUUCCCGGUGUCCAGAAGUCAUUUUCCAGUUUAAGAGAGCUCACCAGCUUUUACCAACAACACAAACUUCUGCUGGAUAAUGUUCCUGCCAAGCUCGGCCAUUGCUGUCCACCAAAACCCAAAGAGCUCACAAAUCUCAUCAUCAUACGUAACAGCAUCUCUGUUGAGGCUCAAGGGUCCCCAACACCUGAGAGGAAAAAGUUCAGUCAUAUUCAGUUCCACAUGAUCAAAUAUGAAGACCUAAAAUGGGGGGAGAGCCUUGGACAGGGAUCUUUUACUCGAGUUUUUAAAGGCUCCAAAACAGACUUUCGUGAUGGGGAGAAACAUGUGACGGAUGUUCUCCUCAAAGAACUUGAUGGUGCUCACAAAAACCACUGGCAAUCAUUUUUUGAAGCUGCCAGCAUAAUGAGUCAAAUCUCACACAAACGCCUUCUCUUGGUUUAUGGCAUUAGUGUCCAUGGAACAAAAAACAUAAUGGUCCAAGAGUUUGUAAAGUAUGGGGCCCUCGACCUUUACCUGAAGAGGGGGAGAUCCAUGUCAGUGAGCUGGAAACUUGACGUAGUCAAACAGCUUGCAUGCGCCCUCAACUUUCUGGAAGAAAAGAACAUUGUUCAUGGAAAUAUCCGUGCAAAAAAUAUUCUACUGGCCAGAGAAGGUGACGUGUCUCAGCGCAGCUCUCCCUUUAUCAAGCUUAGCGACCCUGGCAUCAGCAUUGCAGUGAUAGGGAGAGAUGUUAUCCUGGACAGGAUUCCCUGGGUGGCCCCGGAGGUGUUGGAGGCUCCAGACAAGCUGACCUUGGCGUGUGAUAAAUGGAGCUUUGGUGCCACUGUGUGGGAGAUCUUUAACAGUGGAAAUGCUCCACUGCAAGACUGGGACCUUCAACAGAAGCAGCAGUUUUACGAGAGUUUCCGCCAGCUGGCACCCUCUCAGUGGACAGAGCUGGCUGAGCUGAUCAGCCAAUGUAUGAACUACAAAGCGGCCUUUCGACCUUCAUGUCGCAGCCUCAUCCGUGAGCUCAACAGUCUCAUCACAUCAGACUAUGUGAUACUUCAUGCCACUGAGCCUGUAACCCUCAACCCAGUGUGUCAGGCAUCUAGUCCCGGCCUGCAGGACCAGACAUUGUUUGAGGACAGACACCUACUGUACAUCUCCCUACUGGGAAAGGGAAACUUUGGAAGUGUCGAACUAUGUCGUUACGACCCACUGGGAGAUGACACAGGUGAGAUGGUUGCUGUGAAGAAGCUACAGCCCAAUAAGCAAUCAACCCUGGAGGACUUCCGCAAGGAGAUCAAAACCCUCAGCAUGAUGUCUUGCGACUACAUCGUCAAGUACAGAGGGGUCUGCUACAGCAUGGGGCGGCUCAACAUGAGUUUGGUGAUGGAGUAUUUACCACACGGAAGUCUUAUUGUAUAUACAGAAAACAACAGACACAACAUCAACACCAGGCGCUUGCUACUAUUUGCUUCACAGAUCUGUAAAGGCAUGGCGUACCUGCAGACGUUACGUUAUGUGCACCGAGACCUAGCAGCCAGAAAUAUCCUUGUGGCUAGUGAAUCACUGGUGAAAAUUGCUGAUUUUGGAUUGACCAAGAUUGUUCCUUUGGACAAAGAGUACUACAGAGUCAAACAGCCUGGAGAAAGUCCCAUCUUCUGGUAUGCCCCAGAAUCCAUCAAUGAUUUUAGAUUCUCCCAAAAGUCAGAUGUGUGGAGUUUUGGAGUUGUUCUUCAUGAGCUCUUUUCCUACUGCGAUAUGAACUCCAACCCCAAAAAACUAUGUAUACAGAGGAUUGGGACCAACGUGCAUGGAUUAUCCAUUUCAAUCCAUCUGCUAAAUAUCCUCAAGGACAAUUGGAGGUUGCCUCCCCCUCCAAACUGCCCGCCCAAGGUGUACGGUUUGAUGAGGCAGUGCUGGGUUUACAACUUUGAGGAGAGGCCAUGUUUCUCCAGCCUGGAGGAUCAACUAGAAAUCAUCAUGCGAGAAGAGAGAGAAAACCUGAGAGACUGACUGGAAGAGCCUCUCGCGCUGCUUCUAAAAAUGGCAAAACGGCAUGCUUGCAGCUGCUCUGAGCGAGCGUUAAGAUUAUCUCUACAUGCAGUUGCAGCAGGAUCCAAACGGUUGAAAAACACAGGAAAGGAAAAUGUUUCAACUGUAUAAUGUUGUCAUUUUUUUGCAUUAUUUUAUUCUGUGGCAGUACAGUACUGGAGAGUUUUUACAUUUUGUGAGAAGUUCCUGUUACUGUGUCACUAUAAAGUCAUUUAACGAAGAAUACAUAUCUCCAGAUCUGAAUUCUCUUGAAUUGGCUGCAGGGCCCUAUCGUAAUAGUUUAAAAAGUUCAAUUUUAAUCACCUGUAAGCUUUCAAUGUUGUCCUUCGAGCAAUUCAGUGAGAACGCAACAGCGGUUAUGUACUGUAGUAUUAAAGUGCCAGGGCAGUCGAGGAUGGCGUUUUUACAGUUAUUACAUUAUAAACCACCGCAAUGGAUUUCAAAUCAAAAUGUGAUUGAAGUGUAGACGUUCGGCUUUAAUUUAAGACUUCACAAAUCAAGGAUGUUAUGAAGACUACCUCUGUUUUCAGGGGCUCAAAAGUAUUUGGACACCAAGCCCUAAACAAUCACACUUUUUUUCUUUUUUUUUUUGCUCAGAAGUUAUUCUUAUAUAUUCUUUCUGUUUAAUUAACCCACCCAUGGCCCCUUUUGAUCUC